GGUUACUCACUAUCUUUCAUCUGCAAAUUCACAAUCUUCAUAGCUUAAAUCCAAAAACUCAAAACAAAGCAUACAGAAGAAAAGAGAGCGUCUUCUCCUGAAUUAUUCAGUCGGCUUCGAGAUGAAUUCUACAAGCAAGGCAUGGUCGGUGGCAGCAAGUAUUGGAGUUGUGGAGACACUAAAAGAUCAAUUAGGCGUUUGUCGGUGGAACUACGUUCUCCGUUCAAUGAAUCAACAUCUUCGGAAUAACAUCAGAUCCAUUUCUCAGACCAAAAAUCUUUCCUCCUCCUCAUCGUCAGCCGCCACCGCAUCCUUCGGUAAAACGAAGCAGGCUGAGGAAUCGCUCAGGAUGGUCAUGUACUUGAGCUGUUGGGGUCCAAACUAGGUUUCUUGAAACCUAUUCGAUGGAUUUGCUCAACAAAAUCCAAACAUAUCGCUGAGUCGGAGAGUCUCCAUGAAUUUGAAAGUCUGUGUAGGCUUGAUUGGGUUGGUCCAAGACUAUUAAUAUAAGAGUAGAGAUGCAAAAAGAUGGUUAAUUGUAUUACCCCCAUCUUACUUGUAUAUAACAAUGUUCUUAAGCCUUAAAGGCUAAGUUACUCAAUCUGAAUAGACUUAAAAAUCAUUUACGGAACUAA